AUGCGUGACCAUGCACCAACACCGCCGUCUCGACCGCAGGAACAUGAGCUUCAGAAACUACCCUCCCACCGUUCGUCCUCGUCGCUGGAAGGAGAAGAGGAAGGUCUAGCCCAUAGAAUCGCCGACCUGGAAGAGGAGGAGACCAUGAAUCCACAGAACGACGGGGAAGGAGAGGCGUUACUGCAAGGACGACGUCAAGGAGGCGCCCCAAUAUCGAACUCUACGGUGCCGCAGAACAAGGAUCUCAACAGGCGUGCGGUACGCAAACUCGAUCUGAUCUUGCUGCCAUUCCUCGCUCUCCUCUUCCUCCUCAACUCCCUGGACAAGUCGAACAUCGGCAAUGCAGAGACUGCCGGCUUCACCCACGACACCGGCCUCUCCCGCUCCGAUGUCAACACCUCCAUGUCAGUCUUCUUCUUCAUAUUCGUGCUCCUGCAACCUGUGGGCGCUGCCGUUGGGCGUAAGUAUGGAAUGAGGAAGUAUGUUCCGGCCUGCAUGAGUCUUUGGGGUCUGAGCACGAUUCUCCACAUAUACGUACGAAGGAGAUGGCACUUGAUCUUACUGAGAACCGCCAUUGCGACACUGGAGAGCGGCUUCUAUCCGACCACUGUGUCGUACAUGAGCUUGUUCUAUACCAAAUACGAAUUUGCGUUCCGCCUUGGCUUCUUCUACGGGAUGACCGCCGUUGCUGGUGUGCUCGGCGGAGUGCUCAGUUGGGCUAUCUUCUCACACUUUCCUGGAGACAGUCAUGGUGGUGGUGAAGGACGGCUUCCUCCACCACCUUCGGUUGAACAAGCCGGAGGGUGGAAGAGCUGGGAGAUCCUAUUCCUGAUUGAAGGGUGCCUCACCAUGACCGUUGCGUUGGUUGGCUUUUUCUGGCUACCGCACUCAGCAGACACGGCGUGGUUCUUCAAUGCUGAGGAGAGAUCUUGGGCAGAGAAGCGGAUGCAGCUGGAUACGAUUGAGGUGGAGCAGUCCAAAGAACGACAUACCGAGAACAGCAGCCAGGUCACUCGAGAAGCUCGUCAAAUGGACGGCGCAGAAGAGGGUCUUGAAGACGACGCUCACGAUCAGCUAUUAUCCGGGACAGGUAUCCACGCCUCACUCCGGAAAACACAGUCUCAGAUGUCUGGCCGUGCAGUCACCGAAGAUUCUGGUCUCUCACGACAAGACAUCCUCUCUGCCGUCUUCAACUACAAGAUCUGGUCUCUACUGAUUGCGAAUAUCUUGAGUGCGAUACCGGCGACAGCCUUUGGCGUGCUUCUGCCGAUCCUUGUCAAGGAGCUAUCACCAUCUCUCAACCUUUCUGCCGCAGCCUCGAAUCUCCUUUCCGCGCCACCAUUCGCCUUUGGCGCAAUUGUUCUCUUUGCGGUCACCAUCUGGUCCGACAGAAGCCGCAUGCGCUUGAUACCAAUCUUCUACGGUCUUGGCCUCCUGCUAAUCGGCUUACUUCUCGCCGUCGUAAGCCCAGUCAACAAUUAUUGGCUCCGCUAUUUCUCGCUCUGCGUUCUUCUGUCCGGAUCUUUCAUCGCCUCACCACUCACCGUCGCCUGGCUCGCGAAUAAUACCCCCGAGCCAGGCAAGAGAGCCAUCCUCCUCGGCAUAAAUGGCUGGGGCAACCUCGCUGGAAUCUUCAUGGGCGUACUUUUCACUCCUCGAGAUGAGAAAACGGGCUAUGUGCAGUCUUUCACUGUACUAUUAGUUUGCGCUCUGAUCUCGUUAGCUGGUUUCAUCGCUUUCAGAUUUGCUCUGGUCAGGGAGAAUCGCUUCCGAGAUAACGUGAUUCGAAGCUGGAGUGAAGAAGAAAAGGAACGGGAGGAGAUGGUGGGAGAUAUCCCUGCUCCUGACAAUUUCCUUGGGAGAAUAGCAAGACAGAUGGGGUUGGUGAAGCUUGCGAGGAAUUUGGGAUGGGAAGAGGAGAGGAGAGGGGAUGAGAAGAUGACGUAUAGAUACAGUCUCUGA